UGAAACGAAUGAUAGGCUGUCAAAGAAUGAAAAUGGAAGAGAGGUUACGUCACGUCGGGUGGUGUGCUUUCAUCAUAGUGGCGGCACAGACAAUCGUCUUCACGCAAUCGGCGGACAGUUCAAGUGCGACCACGCCAGUUCCUGUGAGUUUCCAAAACAGCAUCAGCAACGGCAGUAGCUAUUAUAGCACACAUGCACUUACAUCAGUGACGGCAACGGCAGCCGCCCUCACAACCGCCAGUCGCGGUUCCAUCUCAUCGACGGUGGCGCCCAAAAUCCAACGAAAGCGAGGCAGCUCAGGCAAGAAAAGCAUCGUCGUCACCCAGCCCAUUGACAACGUGAACAGCUCGCGCGAAUCUCUCUCCCACGAGGGCAGCGAACCGGUCGUUUACGUAGCGGACACGGCAGGUUACAUUCCACUGACGUCGCUGCAAGCUUCCAGUCAUCCUCGACUACCGCCAGCAUACGGAAGCGAUAUCGACCCGGCUUGGCGACCAGACCCUUGGGAUCGUGACUACAACCGGCGGCAUCGGUUCAACAAUACUCGAGUGCAACAUAUUGAGGCCGAAUGCCAAGAUGACUACAUGAAAAUUAGGAUUGGCUUCAACGGAUCAUUCAGUGGAUUGUUGUAUUCGUCCGGCUACGCUUACGAUCCGGACUGCAUGUACAUCAACGGUUCCGGUCGGGACUAUUACGAAUUCUUGAUCCAGUUGAACCGAUGCGGCACGCUGGGAAAGAACGCCAACGGUGGUGACGACAGUCGCAAGAAUCCAACGAAAAACUUCAUGUGGAAUACGGUGACGGUGCAGUACAAUCCACUGAUCGAGGAAGAGUUCGAUGAGCACUUUAAAGUGACUUGCGAGUAUGGGUAUGACUUUUGGAAAACCGUAACCUUUCCGUUUCUCGACGUUGAAGUCGCCACCGGAAAUCCCGUAGUGUUUACGCUGAGUCCUCCGGAGUGCUACAUGGAGAUACGCAACGGAUAUGGAACGAAUGGAGCGCGAGUGACCGGACCAGUGCGGGUGGGAGAUCCGUUGACGUUGAUCAUUUACAUGAGGAGCAAAUACGAUGGGUUCGAUAUUGUCGUGAAUGAUUGUUUUGCACACAAUGGAGCCAACAAGAGGAUUCAGCUGAUCGAUGAGUAUGGAUGCCCGGUAGACGACAAGCUGAUUUCCCGCUUCCGUGGCAGCUGGUCCGACGGAGGACUGUACGAAACGCAGGUCUACGCCUACAUGAAAACAUUCCGUUUUACCGGAUCUCCUGCUCUGUACAUCGAAUGCGACGUCCGAAUGUGCCACGGACGGUGUCCAAGCCAACCAUGUCACUGGAGAAACCUGAAGGGAAUUGCCAAGCGGGAAGUUCAACAGGAAAACAAUUCGACUCUCUCCGAUAACAUCAGCUUGUUCCAAGCGUUACGAGUUUUACAAGAGGAAGACGAUGACGAGAAGAUCAAGAAGGAAGCUGCUACUGUUGCCAAACCGCAAGACGCAUCGGAAACGUGCAUGAAGACUUCGGUACUGUCCGCCAUGUUGGCAACAUGCUGCGUGGUCCUCUGCAUCCUGUCCGGAUCUCUUCUCGCUGCAUGCGCCAAGCUGAGGUAUCGCAAGAAGGACGAUGGCUUCUUCAACGCUUACGUGGGUCACAAAGCCCAGUUGGAUUAA